AUGGCUAAAGUUAAUAGAGAUCACUUCUAUAAGCUGGCGUCGGAUCUUCCGGAGGAGCGGUUACAAGCCGCAGUGGGUGUUAUUAAGGAUCUAAGUGCUCUUGAAGUUCCACAGGAAAUUGAGGAAUGGAAUUAUACCAUCAAUAGAUUGGUUAAAGGUCUUGGGUCUAGCAGAAACAGUGCUAGACUAGGGUUUUCUAUGUGUCUUAGCGAAGCACUAAAUCUAGCGUUGUCGUUAGGUGACAAAGCUCCAGAAGGCUUGAAUAGCAUUGAAAACUAUCUAAAAAUCCUAAAUGAAACGCUAGGUGCCGAUUUCGAUGAAGGUAAGAAAAGAAAAGGCAAAGAUGAGAGAGGUAUCCUCUUUGGAAAGUUAUUUGGUUUGCAAGCACUUCUAAACGAACCACUGUUUUCAAAUGUAUUUGUGACCAAGGAUGGGAUCUCUAACUUUGUUCCUGUAUUUGUUCAAGAAAUGAUUAAUUUAAGUAAGUGCAAGAAUUGGAUCAGAGAACCAGCUCUGUUCAGUUUGUAUCAAACUUUGGAAAAGCUAAUUUCUAAAGUUAGUAAGUCGGAUAUCACUAAUUUAAUUUCUCAACUAGAUGAAAACAAUUUGACAAUGACAAAUGAAGGAUUAGCUAUUUAUCUGCUACUGGUCGAUGAAUCAAAUAAAAUUUCUCGCGCUGAGAUCGCUGAAAUAAAACUGCAGAAUCAAGGCUGGAAAUCUAAUGACCCAUUGGCAAAGGGUAACUUGCCAUCACUAACUAAGGUAUUGUUAGAUAAUGAUGGUGUGGCCUUUGCAGAAGAUAAUGAGCAAAGAAAACAAAAGGGUGGUGCAAACUGGAACCCUAGACUACAUUUUGUUUGGGAGAAACUUCUUUCAACUAUUAUUAAUGGUAGUCACUCAUUAAAUGUAGAAGACAAACAUGUUAGCAAAAAGAGAAAAAAGAACAAUACCAUAGCAUCCAUCAAAUUUCAUGAAUUCUGGCAAAUGGUUGUUGAUGAGACUUACUUUAAUGACAAGGCAUCGAGUGAGCGAAAAUACCUUGGCUUCUUGAUAUUUCAAAGGGCAUUCCCGAUGCUAAAGUCGUAUGAAGACGUUGUGGACUCUUUGGGCCAAAAUUUCAUAAGGUCCUUAAUCAAUCAGUGCAGUGAGAAAAAAAGGCAUUUGAACAAAAUUGCUUUACAAACUGUUGAAAUUAUAGUUGAAAGUUGUGAAAAUGAUACCACCAAGAUUUUACCAGUAUUUGAAACACUUGCUUUUGGAAAAAGUGGAUCAAUAACUUUUGACAGACUAUCAAAGACCAAACUUCUGAGCAGAUUACUAGGUAUAAAAUCAGUAAGAUAUGAAGUCCUGUCUAAGCUAUUUGACAUUUUAAGCCGUCAGCUAUCAAUCAAAUCAGAAGAGAAAUCAUUUAGUCAAUUUAUUUUAGACAGCAUGUUGCAUUUAGUUCGUAAUCAAAAGGCUGAGGUUGAUUCCUUACUGCUCACCGAAAAGGUACUACCACAAAUUGUUAAGCUUGCAUUCUUUACUGGUGAUAACGAAACUCUACAAGAAAUGUCUAAGGAAAGAUUGUUCUCUAUACUUUCUGAGCUAAACUCUUUGCAUUUAUCGGAAAGUCAAGAAAUUCCACAGUAUGUGGUUAUCAAGCUAGUUCAACAGCAUAUUGAGGGAGGUGAAAAGAUGACCUCUGAACUAGACGAUGAAUUGAGAGAGACUGAAUCUUCUGCUUUGAGAAUUCUUGCCGAAAUAGCAAAAGCUACAGACAAGCCCUAUUUGAGGGGGUUGGGUUCUUUGUUUGCAACUUGUUUAUUACAGCUUUACACAGGUGAUAGUGAAUCAGUUGGUACUUUACAAGAACUUAAGGAUAUAUAUGAAAAACUAAUCUCAGAUGAUGAAAGGCCACUUUCUUCAAUAACUGAAAUUCUACUUUCGUUGCUAGCUCAGAAAAAAGCAUUGCUGAAGAAGGCAAGUAUUGCUGUUUGGGAGCAAGUUGUGCCUUAUGUCUCUCAAGAUGAACUAAAUCUUCUGUUGGACAUUUUGUUGGCAAGAGAAAACAAGCAAGGAUUUGCUCAGUUAUUCGAAGGUAUAGAUGAGUAUGAGGAAGAUGAAGAUGACGAACAGCUUGAAGAUGAGGAACAAAUCAAAGAGGUAACCGAUGAUUCUAGCUCUAACUCGGAGUCUGAUAGUGAGGAAGAUGAAGAUAACUCAGACUCUCAUGAAGAUACUAGUAGUGAUAGCGUCGAGGAUCAUAAUGAUGCAGUUAAUAACAUUGAUAAGGAAACAACCAGUGCAUUGGCUAAAGCUCUGGAUUUACCUGCUGAUAUUAUUAAUGCUAAUGGAGAAGUCGAUAUUGAAAAGCUGGAGAUGCAAUCAGAUGACGAUGAAGAUGAUGAAGAUGAUGAGUCCAUGGAUGACGAACAAAUGAUGGACCUUGAUGACCAAUUAUCUGAAAUAUUUAAACGUAGAAAAGAAGCCUUAUCGAACAUACCAACUGGUAAUAAGAGAAAAAAUGAAGUAAAGGAAUCCAGAGAAAGUGUUAUUGCGUUUAAGCAUAGAAUAGUAGACUUGCUUUUAGUAUACAUCAAGCAUGUUGAGAAAAUGAUCCAAAGGGAGGAUGUCGAUGAAAACUCUAAGGCAGACAAAUUGAACUGCUUAUUAACAUUUGCUAUACCUAUGAUCAAAUGUAUCAAGCAAACACUGGAUAAAUCCUUAGCAGAAAAGUUAGCUAAGCUAUUGAAGACGAGAUUGUUUAAGAUUAGAGUUACAGGAAUCAAGCUGGAUACAGCUGAUGUAGUUGAAGAUUUUCAAAGAAUUCACCAAGACUUUUUGUUUGCCAAGCCUGGUCAAUUUCCUAUACUUUAUUACAGUGUCUGUUCUAGUACAUCACUUUAUUUUAGUAAGAUACUAGUGGAUAAUGCAGAUUAUCAACAAGGUGUUUAUGAAACUUUGGUUGAUACGUAUUCAACCACAAUAAAAGAGUGGCUGAAAGAUACAAAGUUCCCUCAUUCCAUAUUCCUUGAUUUCGUUAAUUGGUUAGCAUCGAAAAAACAAGGGCCUAAAACUAACUAG